AUGACGGGUCAGUUCACGUUUAGAUCCGAUAUAUACAGUUUUGGAGUAGUCCUUCUGGAGCUCAUCACUAGAAUGAAAACAAUUGAUAGUACAAAAGAGCGUAAAGAUCAAAACUUGGUCGGAUGGAGGAACUUCCCGAAAAUGGUUGAUCCAUUGAUUCAGGGACAAUACCCUGUUAGAGGACUCUACCAAGCACUUGCAGCAAUGUGCGUUCAAGAGCAGCCAAACAUGAGGCAUGUUAUAUCAGACGUAGUCUUGGCUCUCAACUUCUUCUAA